AACCAACAUCAGCCAGACCGUCUGCGCCAAAAUAGAAGACAUGGACGAAGCCAGUCAAGCAGAAAUAUCCAGACUCCUUCUACAGGAUACUGAGCACAUAUCUGACGCAAGCAUAGACACGCAAGCGGACUCGGAUCUUCAGCUAGCCCUGAGUCUCUGGCAAGAAGAAGUCAACAAAUACGCCACUAUUUCAGAAGAUCGCAGGGUAGCGGAGCAUGUCGCCAGCGCACCUAGACGAGAUAGAGGAAAUAGGGCGGCUUUUCGUGGCCGGAACGACAAACAGGCUAUCGCGUCCUGGCGUCGUUUGGCAGCAGAACAGGAGGUUGAUUUGCUUGGACACGACCCACCAGCCCAGGCUCAAGCUGAAAGCCCCGAAAAGAAUGUCGCCCCUCAAGAACAACCUGAGCCCGAACCCGAACCCGAACCUGAACCUGAACCUGAACCUGAACCUGAACCUGAACCCCCUAAACCCGAUCUACUCAAAUGCAUCUCAUGUUCGGAGAUCGUACUACCAGACACAGCAAUGAAAACCCCCUGCUCCCACCACCACUGCCGUACAUGCGUGAUAAAGCUCAUCCAACUCUCCUUCGAUAACGACUCCAUCUUUCCACCGCAAUGUUGCAACACUGAAAUUCCCCAGACCUUGAUCCAACCCAUCAUUGAUCAGGAUCCCGACCUCAAACAACAAUUUGAGGACAAACUGACUUGCCAUGAUGAUUCAACCCGGACUUCCUGCUCCAACCCGAAUUGCGCGCGGUACCUCAGUCCCAACACAAAGUCCCCGGGCACAAAUAUGCGAUACUGCGUGGGUUGCUUGCGCUGGACGUGCGUGACUUGUCAAAAGACCCAUGUUCCAUGGAUGGGGUGCCAGUUUGACAAUGAGGACUUGUUGCGGUGGAUGGAGGAAUGGAAGUGGCAGCAGUGCUGUCAGUGUAAAUACGGGAUCGAGCUUGAGGCGGGCUGCAAUCACAUUGUUUGCCGCUGCGGGAACGAGUUCUGUUACGAGUGCGGUGCGACGUGGAAAAGCUGUAAUUGCGAGUUGCAUCGCUACUUUGGUCGUUCUUAG